AUGGGGGAUAUUUACGAGAAAGCCAAAGAAAAAGUGAACGCCGAAAUCGACAAAAUCAAAGAAGAGAAUGAAAGGAGGCUAAUUUCAAAAAAGGAUGAAAUACAGGAUAAACUCGGCGCGAUUUCAUUUGUAAAGCAACAAAUAGAUGAUGAUAACAAUGAGAUAGAAGUAAUGAGGAAAGAAAUGUGCAAAAUCGUCGAAGAAAAAACGAUGCUCGAUGAAGAAAUGAAAGCUUUGGAAAGUCGAAUGAACGAAGUUAAUGAUAAAAUGAUGAAAAAACAUUUCGAUAUAGGAAAAAAGAGCAGAAACAUUUCUACUAAAGAGAAACAUCUGCAAGAGCUUGAAGACGAAAGAAAAUCCUUAGAGAAAGAGCUCGAUGAUGUCGAACAGGAGAAUAUUGCAAGAAUGAAUGCAUUUUCUUUUGAAGAAACACCAUUUGCUCCACGAAAUAUUGCAGCAACGGAUGAUAAUACGUGUCAAAUUUGCAUGGAAGAAUACGACAAAGAAGAUCACUUCCACAGCUGCAUUACAGUCUGUGGUCAUAGAUUCGCAAUGGCAGAGCAAAAUAUCUAUGAAAAGGCAAAAGAAAAACUCUCAAAAGAAAUUGAUGAGCUUGAGGAGUCAUACAAAUCUGAGAUAUCUCAGAGCCAAGCAGGCAUUGAUGAAGAGAAGACAAAACUCAUGAAGCUUGAAGACGAGAUAAAAGAGUCCGAGAGCGAGGUUCAACAAAUGACUGCGGAAGCUCAAGGCCUCGGCCGAAGAAUUCAAACGCUUCAAGUUCAAAUAGCUGGUCUUCAAAGUGAGCUGACGGAGAAACACUUUGAAAUUCAGUCGAAAGAACGGCUGGUCAAAGCCAAAAAGACCGAAUCCCAGAGGUCAAAAGACAAGAUUACAUCCCUAGAAAGGGAACUGGACGAGAAAAUCAAAACUAAUGUUGAAAGGAUGAGCUCUCUCUCCGUUAAUGUUGAACAUGAAUCUUCAAAUGAAAAAGUGUGUGAUAUUUGCAUGGAAGAAUACGACAAGAAGGACCACUUCCACUGCUGUAUUUCCCUAUGUGGCCAUCGAUUCGGAAAAAGCGCGCUACGAAGAGGCGCUGCUUCAGUUCGUUUCUAUCGCACAAAGCCUAAAAUGCUCAGCGAGUUGGCCAAAUCCCACGGAACCGAUAAAUUCGCCGUCUACGUCUCCACCUUCAUGCUCUCCUACAUCGGAAUCAUGCUCACGGAAGACAUGUCCGCCGACGACAUCGCCGAGAGUCUCCACAGCUUCAAGCUCGCACUGCGAAACACGAACUUCGCCGAUGAAGUUGGGGAAAUAACCAAGCACUCGACAAGCUACUUGGCAGAUGAACAUCCGCGAAAGACCUUUUUGGCCGCCACUCUGGGCAUUUAUUUUUUGAUGACGAAAAUAAAUUCCAUUUCCUUGUAA